GAAUACCUGGAACAGUAUUAUGAGUUGACGUCUGAGUUGCGACCUUUAUAUAUACACAAUCUAUGGUUGCGACACCGCUGAGUUGAACAGGCAGUGGCAGUCCAAACUUCAUAACUCAGAAUGGAGAGCUUCGAAACUGCAGCCAACAUGGAAUUGUCAACCAACUUUUCCCAGGUUGUGUUUCAGGAAAUCCCCAACUCAUAUGUGUCAAAUGUUGCCUUGACUUGCUGCUACACUCUGACAGCAGCAAUCCAACCGAAUCCCAGAGACUGGGUGGGGAUAUUCAAGGUGGGCUGGAGCACCACAAAGGAUUAUCACACAUUUGUGUGGGUAGAACCAUCAUUGGAACUGAUAGGACUGGAGACAGUCAGAAAACAAGUGCUUUUUACUGCAUACUACUUGCCAAAGGAUGACUCAGCAUUCUAUCAGUUCUGCUAUGUUGAUAGCAAUGGCCAAGUUAGAGGAGCCAGCACCCCCUUCUGCUUUAAAACCCCUGGGGAACAAAGCACAGACUGCAGCCUUGAAAAUGACCUCUUGGUUAUCAUAACUCAGGAAAAGGUAGAGCAACGUGAGAGGGAGAAAGAAGAGCUGGUCAUGGAGUUGGGGCAACUGAAAGAACAAAAUGAGACUCUGAGAAAUGCUCUGAAAGAGCAACAGCAAGAGAUUGAUCACUUCAAGCUGUCAAAUGAGGAACUAUACCAGGCAGAUGGGAACAUGGAGAAUAAGCGGGAGAAUGCAAGAAAGCAUGAAGAACUGACACAGAACACUAAACUAAUGGAUGACUCACACAGAGGGCAGGAGGAACAGGUGGGAAAAAGUGAGAGGGAGAAAGAAGAGCUGACCAUGGAGUUGGGGCAACUGAAAGAGCAAAAUGAGACUCUGACAUGUGCCCUAAAGGAGCAGCAGCAAGAGAUUGAUCACCUCAAGGAAUCCAAAAAGGAACUGGUACAGUUAGUGAGCAAACUGGAGCGGCAGCAACAGAAUACUAGAGAGCAUGAAGAACUGGCAAAGAAUGCCAAAUCAUUGGAUGAAUCACAGAGAGGACAGGAGUCUCUGACCCCUAUUUGUGAGAAAUAUGAAAGAGCGUUGAUCAAGAUCAAACAGCUAACGAAAGAACGAGAGGUGUUAAGAGGAAAAGUUGAGGUCCAAAGUGUGGAGAUCGCACAGCUGAGCCCAAGGCUCAAAGAAUCUGAGCGGGAGUCACACAGACUGAAGGCUCACAUUCAGCUUUUACAGGUGGAUCUCCAGAGCAGUAAGAAAGAGAAGAAGUGUUCUGCCCUAAAGGAGCAACAGCAAGAGGAAUCCAAAGAGGAACUGUUACAGGUAGUGAGCAAACUGGAGCGGCAGCAACAGAAUACUAGAGAGCAUGAAGAACUGGCACAGAAUGCUAAAUCAAUGGAUGAAUCACAGAGAGGACAGGAGUCUCUGACAACUAUUUGUGAGAAAUAUGAACGAGCGUUGAUCACGAUCAAACAGCUGAAGAAGGAGCGAGAGGAGUUGAAAGGAAAGAUUGAGGUCCAAAGUGUGGAAAUUGCACAGCUGAGCCCAAGACUCAAAGAAUCUGAGCAGGAGUCCCACAAACUGAAGGAUCAUAUUCAGCUUCUACAGGUGGAUCUCCAGAGCAGUGAGAAGGAAAAGGAUAAGCUUUCUGCAGCGCUGCACAGAGUGUGUGGUGUCACACAUGAUCUACAGGACCUGAAGACUGAGAACAAGGCAUUACGUAGAAGCCUGUCAGAGCAGGAGCAGCAGCCACUGCAGAUGAUGGACAGUGAUUGGAAGGAGCAAUACCAAGCCCUUCUUGGUCAGCUGGAGGAGGCUCAGAGACAGUUGCACAAGGAGUUGCAGGCUUCCAACAAUACCCGCAAACGUGCAGAGCAAGCAGAAAGGGAACUGGAGGAGCUCAAGGAGUGCAUGGAGAGCACGGCCAUGACGUCUGAUCAGACAAAACAGGAGAGCAGCAAACUAGAGAUGCAACUUUCAGAGUUAAACGAAAUCAUUGAGGAGAAAGAAAACAUGGCAGAGAUCGCUAAAGUAGAGAAAGAGGAGUUGUCCAGAGAGAAUCAGGAUCUCAAAAGAGAUAUUGAAAGACUUCGCAAGGUAUUUGAUGACGUCCAGGCUGCUCCAGUGCCCAUGCAGCAUCCCAACCCUUAUGGCUCUUCAACUGACCCUACCCCCAAUAAGGAGCAGCAGCAAGAGGCUGACUCUCUCCACUUUGGGAACCCAUAUGAAACCCCAGGCACGGCUACAAACCUGGAGGAAGAGUUGUCCUUGGAGUGUCGUCACUGCCAUGAGUCCUUCCCUGGCAUCACCCAGGACGAGCUGGAGCUGCACGAACACAGCCACAGAGCGUGCCCCUUCUGCACCCUCAUCUGUGACGGAAUGGAGCAGGCUUUAUAUGAAGACCACGUCUACAGCCAUGAGGUGUAGAGAUGCUACUUCCUCACAACCCGGAGAGUUGUUUGUGAGUUGACAACUCAUUCAAAAAAUGUAAAAAGCUAAUACUCUACUAAUUAUUUAGUAAGGGGGGAGGGCAAAUAAAUAUGGGCUAACAACCAAUCCAGGAUAUUAUAUAAAUAACAUAUUCAUUACGAUAAAUGUCCUCUUACCUGGUCAAAUAAGUUAAGAAUUAAAUGUCUGGUAAAUCCGUAGCUAAUUUAUUUAGCCUGAAAUGUAUCAUACUAUAUCAGAGAUUUGUUUGAUGGCACUUCAUUUUGGUCUUGGAGUAGAAUUUUGCCUCCAUUGCUGGGUGAUAGGAAUGUAUUGCUUUGCUAUUUAAUGGUUUCCUAUGUUUACUCCGUUAUAAUCUCUGCUGAACUGUUUACUUUGCGUAAUUACACUAUACUGACUUUCUGCCCUUAAACCUCCUGCAAAUAUGUAUACAUAACGUGUUGCAUAAUAGAGUCAAACAAUUAAAUGGUCAAAUGAUGCCAUCUGAAAAUGAAAUGGUUCAAAUGGGAUUCAUGUGGGAAGCAACAAAUAAAGUUGUCUUCACAGUUGUGUUGACAUGGAAGUACA